ACAAAAAGCUUUCUAGUUUGAGAAAAUGGCCAACUCUUCUUUUCAAUCCCCAAUUGCCAAAAAGCUAGAAGGUAAGGUAGCAAUUAUAACUGGUGGAGCUAGUGGCAUAGGAGCAGCCACAGCUAGACUUUUUGUUCAACAUGGUGCAAAAGUGGUAAUUGCAGAUAUUCAAAAUGAUCUCGGAAAUUCAUUAGUAAAACAAAUUGGUACAGAGCAAACAAUUAUCUAUGUCCAUUGUUAUGUCUCGAUUGAAUCUGACGUUAAAAAUGUUGUUGAUGCAACAAUUACUAAAUUUGGUAAGCUUGACAUAAUGUGCAGUAACGCUGGUGUAUUAGGUAAGCCAAUUUCAAGCAUUCUAGAUGUAGAUCACGAUAUAAUUAAGGACGUGUUUGAUGUAAACGUUGUUGGUGCAUUCUUUUGCGCGAAACACGCUGCUAGAGUGAUGAUUCCAAAUAAGAAAGGUGUCAUUCUUUUCACGGCAAGUGCUUCUAACGUGGUCUUUGGUACUGGUGUCCCUCACACCUAUGCAUCCUCGAAAAAUGCGGUUUUGGGGCUCUCAACGAACGUUGGGGUCGAAUUAGGAAAAUAUGGAAUAAGAGUUAAUUGCGUUUCACCUUAUUACAUUAGCACACCAUUAGUAGUAAAUGGAUUUGGAGUAGAGGAACAAAAGGCAGACAAAUGGUUUGAAGAAGGAGGAAAUUUGAAAGGAGCUUUAUUGGAUGAACAAGAUGUAGCAAAUGCAAUGUUGUACUUGACAAGUGAUGAUGCAAAAUAUGUGAGUGGACAUAAUCUCAUACUUGAUGGUGGAUUUAGUACUACAAAUGUGGCAAUAACAGAUGCCUAUAAGAAGUUGUUUCCAUCAAAUAAUUGA